AUUACGUCAGUUUUGCUUUACGACCGUACCACGGACCUCCUGUUUUAAAAUCGCAGCAUUGUAAUUUGUUUACAAAUUUGCAACCCGAUAAAGUGCAUUAGGUAUAAUUAAAACGAGAUGGGAGUAGCGGAUGAAACAGACAGGACUCUCUUUGUUGGAAAUUUGGAUCCAAAAGUGACGGAGGAACUUUUAUUCGAGCUAUUUUUACAGGCAGGACCUCUGUUCAAAGUGAAAAUCCCAAAAGACAAUGAUGGAAAACAGAAAGCGUUUGGAUUUGUCUGUUUCAAACAUGAGGUGUCCGUACCCUAUGGCAUGAACCUGCUCAAUGGGGAAACUCUAUUCGGGAGGACUCUCAAAGUACAGUUCAGAGCAGGAAGCAGUCACAUUAACAGUCCAGGGCACUCUCAGAAUCAAAGCCCUGUGAAUACUCCCAAUCCACAUGGGGCUGUGGGCAGGUUUGACAAGAGCCUAGACCAGAUGGGUUCACCAUCAUUUUCACCCUCUCAGCACAUCCAGAGGUCCGUCUCCUCUCCUGAUAGUCUGCAGAGACAGGCCAUGAUUAACAACAUGUGGCAGGUCCAGAUGCAGCAGCUCCAGGGGGUGAAUGGAGGCUUCCCAGCUGGUCUUCUGGGGCAGCCACCACCACAACAGCUACAGCCACAGAGUGGUGGAGGUGGUGGGUCCUGGCAACUGGACAGCUCCUCACAGCGAGGCAACAGGCAGGGGUACCAGCAGGACAGCAGCAGCCACUACGGCAGGGACCAGCGGUACCCAGGAGGCUCUGAUGACACCGGCUCCAACCGCCACCACCGCAGCCAGCGAGAUGACCAGCGAGGUGAACACUAUAACCAUGACGACAGGAGCGGGAGCAGUGGAGGCAACCGUAGCAGAGAUGACAGGUGGAGGGACGGCUCCAGAGAUGGCCGGUGGAGACGAUACUGAAGCACUAUGGGAAUUUAAGAACAGAAUUGUGAAUAUUUUUCACUUUUUUUUAAAGUACAUUUGAGUAUUUUACAGAUUUGUCACACACUCACUGUGUAACUCCUAAUCAAAACAGAAUGAUGAGUUUAUAUUGAGAGAAACAUUUUCGUGCUCAAAAGAAAUMUUUAUUUUUAUUUUGAAUUUUUUUCAAUUGGUUAGUCAUAUGUUUAGGAUGAUAUUGACCAUUUUUAAAUGCACUGGACUGUGUCCAAGUAAACAAAAUAUUGAUUGGUUAUUUUAAGUUUACUCGUGAGGUUUUCCACAAUUGUUUUACUGUGAUGAAUUUUUACAAAAUUAAUUAGAGAUGAAAUAGAUUUUAUACCGUCCACUGGGGAAUUGUUAAAUCAUUCUACCCUAUUAGUUAUAGCUUUUUGAAGGCGAGGUUUGUUUGAAAAGAUUUGCUGUGUUUGUCAAGUAUUGGUAUUACUGUGCACAUUUCCUUUUAUACAAGGUAUGGUGCUCAACUGUUUUUAGUGGGAAAUUGCUCAGGUAUUCAGUAAAAAAAAAAUGUUUGGGAAUUAUUUCGGCAUGUUUCAGCUGUGUAAUCUAAUUCCACCAGCAACACUUACAUGCUGACCAGACCGGACACGUCGCGUGUGCGAGCGUAGCAAAAUAAAUGUAGAAAUCCA